UUCGUUCCUCGUCGCUGCCUCCGCAACCGUGGGUGUCCAAGCGCGAAGCCUCCGCUCUCGGUUCGGAUUCGAGCCUCCUCUUCCGUCACCGCCAGCGUCGAGGCUAACCCCGUGGAUCCUAUUCCAGAUGCAAAAGUUAGCACUGGGAUGAAUAAUUUAGGCUGUCCUGUUUGUUAUUAUCCAUUAAUCAGUAAAAGUAAUGCAAGCCAAACUGUGUAAGUUAUCUGAUUUUGCCUUGAUAGAAGGAUGCUCUUCUCUACCUGUCAGCUUUUGAUCCCUAAGAUAAUGAAGAUCGUUUCCCCAGUGUUCUUACAGUUUUAAAUCAUAUGCUAAUCGUUUAUUUUAUGUUGCACUGGAUGAGUUUAUUACAGAGCAUCACAGCUGGGUCUGAUGUUGAAUGCCAUAUUUGCAAGAAAGAUUACUUCAAUAAUGGAAUAUAUCUGGAUCUGACAGUAUCUAGUGGCUCAAAAGAGUACACUGAAACUGUGCCAGCUGGAACAGAACUUUUUAGGAGUCAAUUGGUUUCAUUUCUUUAUGAAAGGGGAUGGCGACAAAAUUUCAUAUGGGGUGGUUUCCCUGGCCCACAAAGAGAGUUUGAAAUGGCUAAAGUUUACCUUACACCAACCAUUGGAGGAACUAUUGUCGAUGCAAGUUGUGGAAGUGGCUUGUUUUCAAGGCUAUUUGCUGAAAGUGGAAUGUAUUCACUUGUUGUUGCUUUGGAUUUCUCAGAGAAUAUGCUGCUGCAGUGUGAUGAAUUCAUUAAGCAGAAGGGCAUUUCAAAAGAGAAUUUAAUCUUGGUCAGAGCUGAUAUCUCUAGACUUCCAUUUAUUUCAAGUUCCAUUGAUGCUGUGCAUGCUGGUGCUGCAUUACAUUGUUGGCCUUCACCAUCCACUGCUGUCGCAGAAAUAAGUCGAGUACUCCGCCCUGGAGGUGUAUUUGUUGCCACAACAUUUGUUCUUGAUACUAUUCCUCCAGCUGUUCCAAUCUUCAGAGCAAUACGUGAGCUUUAUACCCGAACCUCAGGCCAACACCUCUAUCUGUCAGAAGGCGAACUCGAAGAUAUCUGCAGUGCAUGUGGUUUGAUUGGUUUACGCGCUCAGAAUGGAUCCUUUAUCAUGAUCUCUGCAACCAAACCGGGCUAAUCAUCCUGUCGAUGUCAACCAUUGUGCUGAUCAUCAGUAGUCUCUAUAACAAGUUAUUUUUAAAGCUGCAUCAUUGGAAUGGCCAAUAUUUGUUUGUUCUCUUGUACAUGGGUUAAGGUUUUUGGUGGUUGGUGGUGGCUUCUUGUCUUUCAAGAAACUUAAUACAGAUUACUCUGGCGGGUGCAUGGCCCAAGUCAUAUACACCAUUGAAGGACAUGAUUAUAGUUUUGUUAGAAAAA